AUCGCGAGAGGCUACUGGACUCUCGCGACGAUUUCUGGGAUUGCCCCUCCCCCCUUCUCCAAGUGCCGUUUCGGUUUAAUCUAGUGUGUGACUGAGUCUGUGUGAGGGAGAGAGUGUGUGUGGUGUGGAGGUGAAACGGAGGCAAGAAAGGGGGCUCCCUCAGGAGCGAGGGACAAAGGGGGCGUGAGGCACCUAGGCCGCGGCACCCCGGCGACAGGAAGCCGUCCUGAACCGGGCUACCGGGUAGGGGAAGGGCCCGCGUAGUCCUCGCAGGGCCCCAGAGCUGGAGUCGGCCCCACAGCCCCGGGCCGUCGGCUUCUCACUUCCUCGACCUCCCCGGCGCCCGGGCCUGAGGACUGGCUCGGCGGAGGGAGAAAAGGAAACAGACUUGAGCAGCUCCCCGUUGUCUCGCAACUCCACUGCCGAGGAACUCUCAUUUCUUCCCUCGCUCCUUCACCCCCCACCUCAUGUAGAAGGGUGCUGAGGCGUCGGGAGGGAGGAGGAGCCUGGGCUACCGUCCCUGCCCUCCCCACCCCCUUCCCGGGGCGCUUUGGUGGGCGUGGAGUUGGGGUUGGGGGGGUGGGUGGGGGUUGCUUUUUGGAGUGCUGGGGAACUUUUUUCCCUUCUUCAGGUCAGGGGAAAGGGAAUGCCCAAUUCAGAGAGACAUGGGGGCAAGAAGGACGGGAGUGGAGGAGCUUCUGGAACUUUGCAGCCGUCAUCGGGAGGCGGCAGCUCUAACAGCAGAGAGCGUCACCGCUUGGUAUCGAAGCACAAGCGGCAUAAGUCCAAACACUCCAAAGACAUGGGGUUGGUGACCCCCGAAGCAGCAUCCCUGGGCACAGUUAUCAAACCUUUGGUGGAGUAUGAUGAUAUCAGCUCUGAUUCCGACACCUUCUCCGAUGACAUGGCCUUCAAACUAGACCGAAGGGAGAACGACGAACGUCGUGGAUCAGAUCGGAGCGACCGCCUGCACAAACAUCGUCACCACCAGCACAGGCGUUCCCGGGACUUACUAAAAGCUAAACAGACCGAAAAAGAAAAAAGCCAAGAAGUCUCCAGCAAGUCGGGAUCGAUGAAGGACCGGAUAUCGGGAAGUUCAAAGCGUUCGAAUGAGGAGACUGAUGACUAUGGAAAGGCGCAGGUAGUCAAAAGCAGCAGCAGGGAAUCCAGGUCAUCCAAGCUCCACAAGGAGAAGACCAGGAAAGAACGGGAGCUGAAGUCUGGGCACAAAGACCGGAGUAAAAGUCAUCGAAAAAGGGAAACACCCAAAAGUUACAAAACAGUGGACAGCCCAAAACGGAGAUCCAGGAGCCCCCACAGGAAGUGGUCUGACAGCUCCAAACAAGAUGAUAGCCCCUCGGGAGCUUCUUAUGGCCAAGAUUAUGACCUUAGUCCCCCACGAUCUCAUACCUCGAGCAAUUAUGACUCCUACAAGAAAAGUCCUGGAAGUACCUCGAGAAGGCAGUCGGUCAGUCCCCCUUACAAGGAGCCUUCGGCCUACCAGUCCAGCACCCGGUCACCGAGCCCCUACAGUAGGCGACAGAGAUCUGUCAGUCCCUAUAGCAGGAGACGGUCGUCCAGCUACGAAAGGAGUGGCUCUUACAGCGGGCGAUCGCCCAGUCCCUAUGUUCGAAGGCGGUCCAGCAGCCCUUUCCUGAGCAAGCGGUCUCUGAGUCGGAGUCCACUCCCCAGUAGGAAAUCCAUGAAGUCCAGAAGUAGAAGUCCUGCAUAUUCAAGACAUUCAUCUUCUCAUAGUAAAAAGAAGAGAUCCAGUUCACGCAGUCGUCAUUCCAGUAUCUCACCUGUCAGGCUUCCACUUAAUUCCAGUCUGGGAGCUGAACUCAGUAGGAAAAAGAAGGAAAGAGCAGCUGCUGCUGCUGCAGCAAAGAUGGAUGGAAAGGAGUCCAAGGGUUCACCUGUAUUUUUGCCUAGAAAAGAGAACAGUUCAGUAGAGGCUAAGGAUUCAGGUUUGGAGUCUAAAAAGUUACCCAGAAGUGUAAAAUUGGAAAAAUCUGCCCCAGAUACUGAACUGGUGAAUGUAACACAUCUAAACACAGAGGUAAAAAAUUCUUCAGAUACAGGGAAAGUAAAGUUGGAUGAGAGCUCCGAGAAGCAUCUUGUUAAAGAUUUGAAAGCACAGGGAACAAGAGACUCUAAACCCAUAGCACUGAAAGAGGAGAUUGUUACUCCAAAGGAGACAGAAACAUCAGAAAAGGAGACCCCUCCACCUCUUCCCACAAUUGCUUCUCCCCCACCCCCUCUACCAACUACUACCCCUCCACCUCAGACACCCCCUUUGCCACCUUUGCCUCCAAUACCAGCUCUUCCACAGCAACCACCUCUGCCUCCUUCUCAGCCAGCAUUUAGUCAGGUUCCUGCUUCCAGUACUUCAACUUUGCCCCCUUCUACUCACUCAAAGACAUCUGCUGUGUCCUCUCAGGCAAAUUCUCAGCCCCCUAUACAGGUUUCUGUGAAGACUCAAGUAUCUGUAACAGCUGCUAUUCCACACCUGAAAACUUCAACGUUGCCUCCUUUGCCCCUCCCACCCUUAUUACCUGGAGAUGAUGACAUGGAUAGUCCAAAAGAAACUCUUCCUUCAAAACCUGUGAAGAAAGAGAAGGAACAGAGGACACGUCACUUACUCACAGACCUUCCUCUCCCUCCAGAGCUCCCUGGUGGAGAUCUGUCUCCCCCAGACUCUCCAGAACCAAAGGCAAUCACACCACCUCAGCAACCAUAUAAAAAGAGACCAAAAAUUUGUUGUCCUCGUUAUGGAGAAAGAAGACAAACGGAAAGCGACUGGGGGAAACGCUGUGUGGACAAGUUUGACAUUAUUGGGAUUAUUGGAGAAGGAACCUAUGGCCAAGUAUAUAAAGCCAAGGACAAAGACACAGGAGAACUAGUGGCUCUGAAGAAGGUGAGACUAGACAAUGAGAAAGAGGGCUUCCCAAUCACAGCCAUUCGUGAAAUCAAAAUCCUUCGUCAGUUAAUCCACCGAAGUGUUGUUAACAUGAAGGAAAUUGUCACAGAUAAACAAGAUGCACUGGAUUUCAAGAAGGACAAAGGUGCCUUUUACCUUGUAUUUGAGUAUAUGGACCAUGACUUAAUGGGACUGCUAGAAUCUGGUUUGGUGCACUUUUCUGAGGACCAUAUCAAGUCGUUCAUGAAACAGCUAAUGGAAGGAUUGGAUUACUGUCACAAAAAGAAUUUCCUGCAUCGGGAUAUUAAGUGUUCUAACAUUUUGCUGAAUAACAGUGGGCAAAUCAAACUAGCAGAUUUUGGACUUGCUCGGCUCUAUAACUCUGAAGAGAGUCGCCCUUACACAAACAAAGUCAUUACUUUGUGGUACCGACCUCCAGAACUCCUGCUAGGAGAGGAACGUUACACACCAGCCAUAGAUGUUUGGAGCUGUGGAUGUAUUCUUGGGGAACUGUUCACAAAGAAGCCUAUUUUUCAAGCCAAUCUGGAACUGGCUCAGCUAGAACUGAUCAGCCGACUUUGUGGUAGCCCUUGUCCAGCUGUGUGGCCUGAUGUUAUCAAACUGCCCUACUUCAACACCAUGAAACCGAAGAAGCAAUAUCGAAGGCGUCUACGAGAAGAAUUCUCUUUCAUUCCUUCUGCAGCACUUGAUUUAUUGGACCACAUGCUGACACUAGAUCCUAGUAAGCGGUGCACAGCUGAACAGACCCUACAGAGCGACUUCCUUAAAGAUGUCGAACUCAGCAAAAUGCCUCCUCCAGACCUCCCCCACUGGCAGGAUUGCCAUGAGUUGUGGAGUAAGAAACGGCGACGUCAGCGACAAAGUGGUGUUGUAGUCGAAGAGCCACCUCCAUCCAAAACUUCUCGAAAAGAAACUACCUCAGGGACAAGUACUGAGCCUGUGAAGAACAGCAGCCCAGCACCACCUCAGCCUGCUCCUGGCAAGGUGGAGUCUGGGGCUGGGGAUGCAAUAGGCCUUGCUGACAUCACACAACAGCUGAAUCAAAGUGAAUUGGCAGUGUUAUUAAACCUGCUGCAGAGCCAAACCGACCUGAGCAUUCCUCAAAUGGCACAGCUGCUUAACAUCCACUCCAACCCAGAGAUGCAGCAGCAGCUGGAAGCCCUGAACCAAUCCAUCAGUGCCCUGACGGAAGCUACUUCCCAGCAGCAGGACUCAGAGACCAUGGCCCCAGAGGAGUCUUUGAAGGAAGCACCCUCUGCCCCAGUGAUCCUGCCUUCAGCAGAACAGACGACCCUUGAAGCUUCAAGCACACCAGCUGACAUGCAGAGUAUAUUGGCAGUUCUCUUGAGUCAGCUGAUGAAAACCCAAGAGCCAGCAGGCAGUCUGGAGGAAAACAACAGUGACAAGAACAGUGGGCCACAGGGGCCCCGAAGAACUCCCACAAUGCCACAGGAGGAGGCAGCAGCAUGUCCUCCUCACAUUCUUCCACCAGAGAAGAGGCCCCCUGAGCCCCCCGGACCUCCACCGCCGCCACCUCCACCCCCUCUGGUUGAAGGCGAUCUUUCCAGCGCCCCCCAGGAGUUGAACCCAGCCGUGACAGCCGCCUUGCUGCAACUUUUAUCCCAGCCUGAAGCAGAGCCUCCUGGCCACCUGCCACAUGAGCACCAGGCCUUGAGACCAAUGGAGUACUCCACCCGACCCCAUCCAAACAGGACUUAUGGAAACACUGAUGGGCCUGAAACAGGGUUCAGUGCCAUUGACACUGAUGAACGAAACUCUGGUCCAGCCUUGACAGAAUCCUUAGUCCAGACCCUGGUGAAGAACAGGACCUUCUCAGGCUCUGUGAGCCACCUUGGGGAGUCCAGCAGUUACCAGGGCACAGGGUAGGAGCAACGGUGGGAAUGCCCUCUGAGGAAUGCAGUGAUGUCCAUCAGUCACCUCUCACCCAGAGCCUGGCAAAUUCAGUCUCUUUCACAGAACCUAAAGCCAAGCCAGGUUCAGUGGGAAAUCCCACCUGUCCAAACACUGUGUGAGACACCAGAAUUAGAGGCCUGCAAGCCUGCUUCCUUCAUCCCCAAUGCCCAGAUGGGACAGGUCACCAGCCUCCUGUGUCUACCCCCACCUUUCUUGUUUGCUGUGCCUCUCUCAUCCCUGCAAUCCAGACAGCACAUGCAGCAGCUCAAAUAAGUGCCACCUCUGGGUAAGGUGCUCCCUCUCCUGGUAGGCAUAUGGGUUGAGUUAGAGGUGAAGCAGGUGGGCUGAGGUAGACAGAGGGAUAGGGCAAGUGUUAGCAAGAAACGUCCCUGGAUGUAGUCAAGCAGUAAGUAUGCAUGGGGUACCUUGAGCACCAGCAUUUAUAACUUAUCUUCAUGUCUGUCUACCAGGUUAUCUGAUCGCACAGAACAGGCCUGCCAGUUGGGCAGCUGCAGUCAUGGUUUCUGCCACACGAGGGCGCUGCUGGCCAAUUAAAACUCAUGCCCCUUAGCAGACAGUUUGGGGAUGAGGGCACCCUUUCUCCAAAACAGGGGUCAGAAACACCCCCAGAGAGCAUGGGCCCAAAAAGUGAGACAAAUAAUUGGUACCACUUGUUCUUCCUUGAAAAUGGCCUGAGACCCCUAAACGCUUUGCUCUAGUGGCCUGACAUCUCAGUGUGCUUCCAGCUGAACUUGGGAAGCCCCCUCUUUCCAGGCACUUAACACCUUGCACAGGUGCGUCUCUCCCUUAAGGUGUAGCAGGUUCCAGCUGUAUGCCCCGUUGUCCCCCUGCCUUAAUGGCAGUCACUUUCCGACCCAGAUGGUGGAGGUGCCUGUGGUUUUUAGGGGGAAAAAAUCUCUUAUAAUUGUUCUAAGAAAAGUAUUUUGUUAGUGAGAAAGUGUUAGGGGUGACUGAAGCCUGGGAGAGUUAGUCUCCCCAUCACCUACCCUAGCACAAACCUAUAGAAUUCAAGAUGGUCUAGUGGAUGUUUGCAGCCUCAGUGGCUGGAAUACACCCCAGGACAUUCCAGGGCUCUGAGCCAAAAAUGGUGUCAGAAAGCUGGAUAGGAGUGUGGGCUGCUUUGGGCCAUAAGCCUCAUACCUACCCUGUAUCAGGCAGUGUUUCUGCUAGGGGUGCCAAAUGGCCCUGGGGCCUCUAUGGGACUGAGGACUCCACAAUUGACCCUCCAUCUCCAUGAAGCCCUUCCAGGCUGAACAGGCUAAGGGACAUGACAGAGGUUCUCCUCCUCCUUCCUACCCCCAUGCCUGAGGGCCCCUCCCCAGGAGGACAGCUUGAUUAAACAGUCGGUGCUGCUGGAAUUACUGCACAGCUGGCGCUCCCCCCAGCACCCCGAGCAGAGCAGCAGUGCAGAUUAAAAUCUCCAAUUAGCGUUAAAGUGAAGUGAGGAGGUGCUGAGGCUGCCAAGGAGGCCAGACGGGGGCCCUGGGUUGGCAAAACCCCCACUCUUGCCUGGAUUCUGAGUGUCACCCUUAGUCACCCCUACUUUCCCAGCUCCUCUCCCAACAGCUUUCAGUGCCCAUUAGUUUUGUAUCGCUUGGGGCCAGAGGGCUUUGCAGAGGGGUGGAAUGGGGCAAAUGCCUUACCUAAAAUGCUAGGGACACCGUAAGUAUGGAGGAGGAGAGCGGUCAGUGCUCAUCAAGGGAGAUACCCUAUUCACUGCCUGCCAGGCAGCCAGGCCAAGGUGACUUCACGCUACAGCUCUGCUUCUUCUUUUUGCUUGAAGAAAAGAUAAACAGGACGGGUCCUUUCAGGUCCUUUACCUAUGAAGUGCUAGGGGACAUGGUGCCCACAUGAACAUCUCUCUCUGCAUAUUUUAUCCUAUCUGACCCAUCUGCUCCCACCCAAGUUAUGGCUCCUUCCUCCCUCUCUCCAUUCUUCUCUCAGCUUUCCUGUGGGCAGGGGUAGGCACAGCCAGGCUUGGGAGCAUCGCCAUGCCCUGCCACCUGGGUCCCAGCCUGCUCCUCGUUAUAGUCUUCCCAGUUUGGGGAAGAGCAGUGAUAUGCCAAGAAUGGAGGCCUCAGACUCUCCCAAUCCCUGAUUUUUACAUGUCCCCCUACAAGGCCCCUCUGCCAUCUACACUUUUGCCCUUCAUCCACAAAGCCCAAAAGGAAGGCAUUAUAGCUAGCCAUGCCCUCUGACUGCCCUCUGCCCCUUUAAGGGAAAUGGAAAUGGGUACCCAGCUGACUGAACCUACUCAACACCUCCAGAAAUUAGACACUAGGGCAUGGUGCCACCCUCCCAGGCUGGCACAUGCUACCCUGGCAGAGGAUCAAAUAACCCCCCCAUCAUACCCUGCCCCGUGUCUUCCUCUACUCUCUCCCUCAUGCUUUCUCUCCCUCUCUCUCUCUCUCUCUCUCUCUCUCUCUCUGUCUCUCUCUCUCUCUCAGCUCAAAGCACAGCUGAGCCUUAAAAGGGGGGUUGAGGGGGUGGAGAGACCAAGCUGGGGCAGGGGGGUAUAGAGCUCCAAUAGCACGUUUUCACCUGCCAUUUAAUUGGAUGUAUUUUUAAUUAAUGGGACCUCAGGGACCAACAUGAGACAAUCUGAUAUCUGAAUAGGGACAGGGGAGGGAUUGGGUAAGGGAGGAGGAUUGGGCCACUGGGUGCGGUUACCGGGAACCCAGGCCCAUCAAUCACUGGCCACUUUGUGUUCUGGCAUGGAGAAUAGCGAGGUGGAGGAGGGGAGGCACUGGGGAGAGGUGCCAGGAUUUCCCCCCAACUGCCAGGACCUCCAAACGGAUUGGAACUAUACCGGUUGACUCAGGUCUGGAGCCCAAAAUCACAGCCAGAAUAUAAGAUGUGAAAAACAAGACCCAGAGAGGGGAAAUCAUUUGAAUCCUGUCCUGGUAUUGCUUUGUGUUCCUGGAUUUGGAGAAUUUCUGGGAACACAGGAAAAGGAAAGCCAAUUCCAUUCCUGGCUACCUCAUCCCCUCCAGUCUGAAAGGACGUGUGAAUGCCACCAGGAUCUGAACCCAAGAUUCCAGCCUCAGUCACCAUCCUGACCCUGAGAAUGCCACUGGGAUGGGGAGAACUUGUCAGUCUUCAUCCUUCCCCACAAGUAUACUGAGGCCAGGACAGCACCUGCCUUAGAGAGCUCUUAGAGGGAUUAUCCGCAGCCUGAAGAAAGAAGGUUACAACUGAGGAAGAACUUCUGAACAGGAAAGAGUGGAAGAAAAGACUGCAGUAGGCUCAGCUCCAGAAGCAGACCCAGAAUGGCAUCCUUCUCCGAGACCCAGACCCCAGCCCCUCUUCAUGGAAGACCAGCACAAAGGAGGAAGUAGGUUAGGGAAUGGUAAGGCUCCAUGUGAUGGAACUAAUGUGGAGAGGCCUGGGGCCUUUCCCUGAGGACUGGAUGGCUGGAGUUUGGGAGCCUGAGUUGACAGAGGAGGCUAAACCCGGGCAGCUACUUUGUUCCAGAAAUCUAAGGUCCCUGGAGGGAGGCUCUGCUUUGGGAGGGGGAAGGGAGCUAACAUUGCAGAGCACCAACUGUGAACCAGGUACAAUGGCAGAGCCUUUCCAUACCUGUACUCACAACUAGCGGGUGAGGAGUCAGGGCAAAUAGGUGUCUCAUAGCUCCCCAUAUCUCGGCAGUCGACCACCUCCUCCUUUGAUUCUCUGAUGUCACUGCCAGUUCUCCUCCUAUUGCUCUGACCUGUCUUUCUCUGUGUCCUUUGCAAACUCAUUCUCAACUCCUUAGACUCAGUCAAGUCCCCCAGUUACACACUUCCAUGGUACUAUAUAUCGUUCCUUCAGAGCACUUAACACAGUUAUUUCCUAUGUAUUUGUCCAGUCAAAUACAUUUUCCUAUGUAUUUGAUCCUAGUUUCAUUGGAUGGAAAGUUCCACAAGGUCAGUGACCAUUUCUAUCUGUGUUCACCAAUGUGUUCCCAGUGCCCAGAAACAAUGCCUAGCAUAAAGCAGCUGUUUUGUAAAUACUUGUUCAAUGAAUGAAUAAAUGACAAAAGAACA